AUGGCAGUCACAGCUCGCGCCAUCUACCUUACUUUCAUCGCGACGGCAUGGCUCUCCACCAUCGUCGUCUACAGCUACUUCGCGUCCGUGGUGAAUAACGAGCUCGAGCCCCACUUCAAGCAUCAGGGCCAGCAUGACGAUGCUGAAAACAGCUAUCUCGUAUACAUCUUCUUCGUCUUUGGCGCGGUCUGGGCUGGGCUCAACCUACCAGCCUCGGUUUUGGCAGCGGUCCUCGCGUGGUUCAAUGCGACGUGGCGUCAUGACCAUGUGAGUUUCUGUACCAACCUCUACCUCUUUAGCACAUCGCUUGCGAUCGUGAUCUGCUCUGUUCUGGUGGCCAAAGCCACCUGGACUUGGUGGCACGAGCUUGAGGCCCAGGAAUUCCUUCAUCUCGCCCAGCACUGCAAGGUCAUGUCGAUUUAG